AAUAGAAAUUCGAACGGCCGAUGGGAACUGUGGCAGCGCCGCCUCGUCCUCCCAUCGGAACCUUAUCAUCUUCCUACAGCUCUCUCCGUUUUGGUGGAAAGAUCGGGGUUCGCGUUAGGGUCAGUGCCAGGUCUUCGGCUUCUUCCUCCGCGACCGGUGAGGAGUUCCUCCCCAAUGCUCGCCGACGGAAGAUCGACCCUACCUGGUGCGGCGGAGGAUUCAGCCUCGGCGUCGAUCUGGGCGCCUCUCGGACUGGCCUGGCUCUCGGCAAAGGCUACUCUCCGCGGCCCCUCAUCGUGUUGGAGCUAACGGGUCAGAAGCUCGAGUUGCGCCUGCUUGAUAUUGCCGAAAAGGAGGAGGUCGAUGAGUUCAUUAUUGGGCUUCCGAAAUCUCAUGACGGAAAGGAGACGGCACAAUCAAACAAGGUUCGUAGCAUCGCAGGAAGGCUCGCGGUACGGGCCGCGGAGAGAGGUUGGAGAGUUUUUUUGCAGGAUGAACAUGGCACUUCAUUAGACGCCCUUGAUUAUAUGAUAGACAUGGGCCUAAAAAGGUCUGCUCGCCAAGGGAAGAUUGAUGCCUACUCUGCCAUGAUGGUCCUGGAGAGAUAUUUCUCUAUGUCAGGUCUAGGAACUGAACUUGUUCUUCCUAAGCAGUUGGAAUUACAUGAAAAACUUCGAAAGGGUCCCUGCAGAGAUCUGGAUUUCUGAACAUACGACACAGAACAGUGAAAAUUCAACCCUUUCCUUUUUCCAUCUAAAUGUGGACUGGAUAUGCGGAGAGCUGAAGUGAAUCUUUUACUUGACGGGGAUCUAUUUGUGUGCAGUGCAUGUUGCACAAACUGCUGGUAAUUGUAUUAAGCAAUAAGUAUACACGGUUUUGUUGGUGUAGCAAAUAUGAUAAGAUCCUAUGUCACAGACAGGUUCCUGUUGUAUUUAUAAACUAAAUGGUUGCAUUUUAUGUCACAGACGCGUUCCAACUGA